AUGAAACUUCCAUAUGCCUCCCAGGCAAGAAAGGGAGGCUUUGAAGACGCCACUGGGACUCCCCUUCUUCCAGCUCGUCAGGGCACCUUGGCGGGCCCUGGACACUGGCAUAAUUUGUUUUUGAGAGUGGACCAAGACAAAGACAGAGAAUGCAGCCUGGACUGUGCAGGUUCCCCUCAGAAAUCACUCUGUGCAUCUGACGGAAGAACUUUUCUGUCCCGGUGUGAAUUUCAGCGAGCAAAAUGCAAAGACCCUCAGCUGGAAAUAGCCUACCGGGGCAACUGUAAAGAUGUUUCCAGAUGUGUGGCUGAGAGGAAGUACACCCAGGAACAAGCUCGCAAGGAAUUUCAACAAGUGUUUAUCCCAGAAUGCAAUGAUGAUGGCACAUAUAGUCAGGUUCAAUGCCAUAGUUACACUGGAUACUGCUGGUGUGUCACUCCCAAUGGUCGUCCUAUCAGUGGUACUGCUGUGGCCCACAAAACUCCCCGGUGCCCUGGUUCAGUGAAUGAAAAGCUGCCACAACGAGAAGGUGCAGGAAAAACAGAUGAUGCCUCAGCUCCCGCGCUGGAGACUCAGCCUCAAGGUGAUGAAGAAGAUAUAGCUUCUCGUUAUCCUACAUUAUGGACUGAGCAAGUAAAGAGUAGACAAAACAAAACCAAUAAAAGUUCAGCAUCAUCAUGUGAUCAAGAACUUCAGUCAGCCCUGGAGGAAGCUAAACAGCCCCAGAAAGACAAUGUGUUCAUUCCAGAGUGUGCUCAGGGUGGCCUCUACAAACCAGUGCAGUGCCAUCCUUCCACAGGCUACUGCUGGUGUGUUCUGGUCGAUACAGGACGUCCCAUCCCUGGUACAUCAACCAGGUAUGAACAACCUAAGUGUGAUAAUGGUGCCAGAGCUCACCCAACCAAAACAAAGGAUUUGUACAAAGGACGCCAGCUUCAAGGCUGUCCUGGGGCCAAGAAGAAUGAGUUCCUGACUAGCGUUUUGGAUGCACUGUCCACAGAUAUGGUGCACGCAGUCUCUGAUCCAUCCUUGUCUUCUAGCCGGGUUUCAGAGCCUGACCCAAAUCAUACUCUGGAAGAGAGAGUGGUCCAUUGGUAUUUCAAACAGCUAGAUAAAAAUUCCAGUGGUGACAUUGGCAAGAAAGAAAUCAAGCCAUUUAAGAGGUUCCUAAGAAAGAAAUCAAAACCCAAAAAAUGUGUGAAGAAGUUUGUGGAAUACUGUGAUGUGAACAAUGAUAAGUCCUUGUCAGUUCAAGAAUUAAUGGGCUGCCUGGGAGUAACAAAAGAAGAAGGUAAAGCAGAAACAAAGAAACGCCAUACGGCCCCUAAAACCAACACUGAGAGCACUUCAUCCAGCAGGCAGCAAGUUUCUAAGAAGCAAGGGUGAACAGCUUAUGAUCCAAGGCAGAUCUCUGACAUGUGGGAGAUUUCCUCACCAAAAGGCAAUAAAAAACAACUGUAGUAUUUGCACUUUGUACUUAAAAAUGUAAAUUCACUUUGUA